CGAAUUAUCGCUAUAAGAUAAUUAUCGCUAUAAGAUAAUUAUCGCUUUCUUAUUAUUUUCUUAAUUUUGAAAAUUUUUUCUUUUAAUAAAAAUUUCAAAGGAUCAUGUUCGGAAGUAAACCUACUACCGGAUUGUUUGGCGGGACUGGCACCGCUAAUACAUCGUUUGGUUCAACAUCAUUUGGAGCUCCUAGUACUCCUUUUGGGGGGGGAAAUGUUGGGUUUGGUUCAUCAACUUUUGGUACUCCAGCUCAGACAGGGGGUGGUAUGUUUGGUCAGCAGUCGACGAGUACUGCUGGGUUGUUUGGGGGAGCGUCCAGUUUUGGAGCCACCAACACUGCAUCAACACCUUUUGGUGGAUUUGGAGCAGGGGUGCAAACAUCAAAUACAAGCUCAUCUGGCUUGUUUGGAGGAACCACUAGCACUGCCUUUGGGACACCUUCAUUAUUUGGCCAGCCAGCUCAACAAGCACAGCCAGCAACAGGGUUUGGCCAGGCAGCUGGUCUGAAUAUGUUUGGGUUAGGUUCUCAGCAGACCGGGACCACUGUGAAGUUUGUUGCCACUCCUGGAACCGAUAUUAUGAUGAAAUCUGGCAUCUCAACAAAUGUCAGCACCAAGCUACAGUGCAUUACUGCAAUGAAAGAAUAUGAGAAUAAAAGUCUUGAGGAACUGAGGCUGGAAGAUUACAAUGCAAACAGAAAGUCAGGUUUGGUGAUGAAUGUUGGAUUUGGAUCAACAGCUGCAAGUGGGGGUGGCUUCAUGGGCGCUUCAUCACAACAGCAGCAACAACAAACAAGCAGUUUUGGACUCUUUGGAAAUCAGAACAAGCCAACAUUUUCAGGUUUUGGCACACCAUCAGCAGCCAACAACACAUCACUAUUUGGUGCAUCCCAACAAGCAAAACCAUUGUUUGGAGCCCCUGCAACAGUUACAUCUGCCUCCAACGCGUUUGGAGGCCUUGCUGGUGGAAAUCUCUUUGGAAAUGCAUCAAAACCUGGCGGUUUGUUUGGUGCAGCAGCAGCAACGACGACAACUCAGUCACUCGGCUUCUUUGGAAACAGCCAACCAGCUGGCAACACUGGUUUUGGCCUUACUAAUCAAAAUAACAUGGGAGGUUUGUUCGGAGGCAACAAAAUUGGUUUUGGUCAGCCGACCACCACAACAGCACCAGGGUUUGGAUUUGCAGCACCUCAACUCAAUCAGUCAACAUUGGGAGGGCCAUUUGGUACAGGCAACCUCUUCAACAAACCUGCUACUACCACAGUUUCUGGUUUCGGUGUUAAUGCACAAGCACCAACACUUUUUGGAGGUUUCAAUAAUCCCACGAGCAAUGCUACUCAGUUUGGUAGUCUGGGAGCAAGCACGGGGACCUCAUUGUUUGGACAGCAGAAGCCUGCCGGUUCAUUAUUUGGAAAUAACACUGGGUUUGCGUCCAACACGAAUGCACUGGGUGGAACGGGUGCAGGGACCAACUCUCUGCUCGGAGGUGGCUCACUUGGAGGCACAUUUGGAUCCUCCUCUUUCAACAUCUUCGGCAGUCAAUCGCAGCAGCAACCACUGAAUGCUGAUGCUGCCUUAAUACAACAAAAGCAGCAGAUACAACAACAUAUACAAGCUCUUAAUACGUCGCCAUAUGGAGACUCACCACUUUUCAAAAAUUUAAAGAAGGACGAUAUGUUGAGGCCGACGAAUGCAGAGGCUCAGAAAGCAGUCAUCAUCUCGCAACUCUCAAACAGCACGCCUGGAUUGAUCCUCUCCGGUGGAGGAAACCACCGACUGGCAAUAAAAACUAAGCCAUUACAAAUGCAGACAUUUUCUGGUGGAAAGUAUAACUUGUUUGAUGAGCUGGAUCAAGAUGAGAACUCGCAGGCAGCGUCGACGUUGGCGCCAUCUGCCUCUGCUGCUGCCACUGCAGAGAGGUUCGUCCCUCGCAGAAAUUUCAAGCAACUGAACAUCAAGGCAAUCAUGGAGCAGCAACAGGCCAGCAAUACUUCAAAAGAGGCUGCCUCAUCAAAAUGCAGCACUCAGAAUUCCAGCAGUGUCGUUUUUGAGCUUAACACAUCCACUGGCAAACCUGUGAACGUCAGUUCUGAAAAAGUUGAUAGUGAGGGCGUCAACAACACCAUGGCUGAACUCCUAUCGAAGAAUCGAAACGUACUCGAAGUUUCAGACAACAAUGAUGACAAACAUUCAAAUAGUACCGACCAUAGUGAAAACUACCAAGUAAAAGAGAACCGUUUGCCACAUCCGGCGGGAGUUGUCUUGACACGACCCGACUACUUCACCCUCCCAACUCUUGAUGAAAUGGUUGAAGUGAUCGACCAGGAUGGCAGGUGCAUCGUGGAUGAUUUUGUCAUCGGCAGGGAAGGAUACGGCAACAUUUUCUUUCCUGGCAAGAUUGAUGUCACAAAUCUUAACCUGGAUGAGAUAGUGUUUUUUAGAAGAAAGGAGGUGGAGGUGUACCCCGUUGAAUCAAGCAAGCCACCAGUAGGCGAGGGGUUGAAUAGGACGGCUCAAGUCACGCUUGAUCGCGUGUUUCCUGUUGACAAGACCACUGGAGAGCUUAUAACAGAUUACACUCGUCUCGUUGCCAUGGGGUACAUGGACAAGCUGGAAAGAAACGCUGUAAAGAUGAAUGCGAAGUUUGUUGAGUACAGACCGACUACAGGAUCGUUUGUUUUCAUUGUGAAUCACUUUUCAAAGUAUACUGUAGCAGAUGAUGAUUCUGAUGACGAUGCGGUUCUAGCGAAGCAACUUCCCAAAGAUCCUAACACACUGCAACAACCUCAACAAUUGCAAACGUUAAUGUCAACUGCAACGACGACAACAGUGCAGUCAGCUGAUUACUUUAAACAGCAGCAAAACAAGCCAAUCUUCACAACCAACCAGCAAACUCAGCAGCUGUUCCUCAGGGAUCUCGAUGAGGUGGAGAUGGAAAAGGCGGAAGAAAGUGAUGACAUUGAAAAUGACAUGAUGGAUUAUGAGAAAAAAGAUGAGGCCAAACUGUUGAGACCGAAAGCCAAAAGACUUUACGAUGACAAUGAUGAUAUUGAAGAGAGCAGUGAUAAGAAGAACAAGCAAACCGAUGAUGUCGAUGAAGAAGAUGAUACUGAUUUUUACGGUUACAACAAAGAGAACACUUUCCCAUCCUACCAAAUGCUAAGGAACAUUUCCGCUCACAGCAUUCAACUGCAGAAGGCAUCAUUCUUCUGGGAUAACGAUAAUCUUGGUGAUGAUGAGGAAGAGGGUGACGUCAGAAAGAUUAAGAUGGCCGCUGCAAAGAUGAAGGAUGUCAUUGGCGGAACCGCCGAUAGCAAAAGCUUAUCGAAACCAGCUCAGUUGUUGAAGGAAUUUGUUUCUUCACGAGAGAAAGAUGAUGAUAAUUUUGGGAGCGAAUCGAUGAUGAAGAUAAACACGUCGGGCAAACAAAACCAAAAACUUCAACCCCUUCCAUCUCCCGCCCCUCAAAUGCCAUACCGUUCACCUCAUCCUAUUAUUUGCUGCAUGGAACUUCCAGAUGAUUCAGAUAAAAAACUUGUUGAAAUAUUCAGGAAAAAUAGGCAAAAUUUGGUUUCCAAAGUGAGUUUAAAAUCCUGCUUUCCAGGCGCAGUUGACAGAACGUUAACAGAUAUAAGCUUGUACCAGAGAGGUGCAACGAGGGUUGGCUGGCAAAAAGGUAGGUGGAGUUUCUGCCACUCGUCAUUACCCGUCACCUCUCUCGAAGAAAACGAUAAUGAGGUUAGUUUGUCGGCAAAGUUGAUGCACGAGAGAACAAGACAGACUGAGGCGAACAUCAAGACACACAACUUACCAACCAUCCUUCAUGAACAAAUCAUUGUGCCCGGUAGUAAGGAUCAGAAUGUUGAUAGGAUGGCUAUCUUAGAGCAGUGCCUUUCAACGGAGCUGAAUCACUGCAAGGUACUUAGGUCGGAUGAUGAUAUCUUGCACGAAAGAAGUCACAUUCACGAUCACAGUGCAGACAUUCACAUGGAAGAUGAUGAAGAUAACUCCGAUGGUCAACCUAGAAAAACAUUGACAGAUCCCAGUCUUAUUGACUGUCCAUUCGUAUCAUUUGCUCAUGACGCUCAAUCACUAAUGAAUGAAUUGGUUGAUCGAUUGAAAUCUAGCGAGGCUCAGUCACAUUGGACUAAAGUUAUGUUGUCAGCCCUGGAGUUGUGCCUGGUGUUGUGGGGCAGUUUGAAUGGUCCCCAUCGAAACUACAAUGACGACGACGAUGAUGACGCAGACGUUGGUAGUCAGGAUUAUUAUUACACUCAGAAGAGGAGGAAAGAUAGGCUGUCAGCCUGGCUGUCCAAGGAAGUUCAACAAAAAAUUGAGGAGGAGGUUCAACAAAUUUAUUCAAAAAAGUCUAGAAGUGAGGAUGAUGAUGGACAGGUGACCUAUUUGUAUAUGACUGGUCGACUGAUGGAAGAAGCCAUCCAAUCAGCUUUGGAGGUCAAAGACUAUCGACUGGCCAUGCUUAUUUCUCAGGCUAUCGGUAAUGAUGAUGUGAGGCUGGAGUUGAAGAAACAGCUGAUUGGCUGGUGUACAACCGAGAUGGAUAGAUUCAUAAGCAAGCCUCGCCUUUCUAUCUGCACACUCCUCUCCGGCAGUCUUGUUCAGAAGACUUCCCAGGAAGUCAUCAACUGCUGCCAUCAACUUGAUUGGAAGAGGUGCUUUGCCAUGCACCUCUGGUAUGCCUGUCCAGCGACGUGCUUGAUAUCAGAAGCAUUGGAAAGAUAUGAUGCCAGCUACCGAGGCGAGGAGAUGCACGGUGCAAUAUCUGUAGCACCACUGCCACAGUAUUUGGAAAACUUGGGUGUUCUUCAGAACGAGGAUGGCGCCCCGUGUGACGUCACCUACCAUCUCUUGAAGUUGUACUGUCUGGAGGAUCACCCGCUCUACAAACUGCUCAGUCCAAGGACCUUCAUCGAUGAUGAAAUGGAUUACAGUGGCAGUUGGCACAUGAUGAAAGUCUUGGAGUCCUUGCGUUUUGGUAACUUGAGUACACACCAUCACAUGUAUAUAUGCCACAGCUACGCCAGUCAGCUGGAAAGUCUCGGCCUCUGGUGGUGGAGUGUCUUCGUUCUCAUGCACAUCACUCAUCCGCUUAUUCGCAAGAAUAGUGUGAAGAAGGUGAUUGAACGUAACGUUGAAAUCAUGAAGCAGAGGGAUGAUGAGGAUGGGGAGCACGAUGAUGAGGACGACGUUCUGCUGAAUGAUAAGGAAAUGUUCGUUGUUGACAAACUGAAGAUACCUGCCGAAUGGCUUCAUGAGGCUAAGGCCAUCAAAUGUCAGUGGUUGAACAUGCCCCAUCUCGAAGCCAAACAUUCCUUCCUAGCUCGCAGGUACAAUCGUUACCACGACAUCAUCAUCGGCAGGAGUGUCGCAUCCAGAAUCAUCAUCAACGACGACCUCCGAUCCUAUUUGUACUGGCUGAACAGGCUGAGAGACGGCGGACCCUGUGGCUCGCUCUUCAAGGAGCGCGAAGUAGCGACGUACUUGAAUUACAUGCAACUCUUGCAGGCAGUCAAUAAAAUGGAAGUCGUUCGUCUGGAUGAAGGAGGAUUGGAGGACAAGGAAAUUUUGGAGAUGAGAAUGACACUCUACAGUGAUCAAAUGGCCGAACAGCUGAAAAAUUUCAAAUGCAACAACUCCACGGACAGGUUGGCCUACAUGAAAAUGUUUAGAGUUCUUGCUAAGGCCGUUAACUUGAGAUCCGUCAAAACAGAUCACGAUUUAUCAGUAUGUUUGAUAAAAUGGAAGUUUCCACUAUCGUACGAUGCGUUGCACUGUGGAAGUCUGGACGAUGUGACGACGCACGCCACACAGUCAAACAGCGAUGGACUCUGCAGCAGUUACAACUCUCAUCUUCAAUCUGGCGAUAUUUUAUCGGCCUUAUUGAAGGCAUGAGUAGAAAGAUUAGAAGCGAUUGAAUAAACUAUCCUGUGACAUAGAUCGUGACAAUGGUGAUGAGGACGGUGCCUUAGGUGUGAUGACUUGUACGCUAUCGUAUUAAAUAUUGUAGAUUUAUGAGGUGAUGAUGCCCCUUUUACAAACAAUACCAUCUCAUAUAUAUCAUAUAUAUAUAUGGAUAUAUAUAUAUAAAAUAUAUACAUAUAUAUACAUACAUAUAUAUAUAUAUAUAUACAUAUAUAUAUAUUGAAGGAGACCAUAUUUUAUACAGGAUUGUAUGAAUUCUACAGAAUUUUUUGGAUUACACACACACAUAUAUAAUAUUCACGUGAAGCCUAAGUUGUUAAAUAUGAUUAAAUUAGUGUGCACAUUAUCUUAUAUAAAUUAUACAAAUCUGUUAUUUAUUGACGAAAUUAAUAAGAAUUUUUUUUAAUAUUAUCUUGUAACGAUAUACAAUGGAGAUAUACAGGGCAAUGGCUAAAUUAAAUUUUAAAAGUUCGCCCGUUUUAAUGCUGCUAUGAAGGGUGCAUGUAUGUAUUGUAUGCUGUUUAUGUACAUUAAUAAACUACUUUUUUUCAUUAACUGGUCACUGUCAUUUUCUUAAUGACAUUUUAGAGGUCAUAUUCGAUGACUACCUUUGUGAUGAACGUGGCUGUAUACCUGUUUUUAAAAAACCUUGGUUUUUUUAAAAAACUAAGUUCAAAUUCUCACAAUUUAGGCUUUUUAAAAAAAUUGAAAAGCUUAAAUUCCUAACAUUUCCGUAUUUUCCAAUUCGUUUUGUAAGCUUAUUUUUUAAAUAUCAUAUACUACAUCGGUUUUGACAAGAUUUGAUCAUAAAAUGUAAAAGGCUGAAAGUUUCGAAAGACUAGUAUACAAAAAUUGGAAAUACCUAGGUUUCAACAAUCCUUAUAACUGACGAAGACAAGUGAUUUGCUUUAAAUUCUUAUUCUUUACAUGAACAUUAUUAUUAUGCGUAUUGGUUUCAUUUUAAUUGUCUGAAUUCACGAAUAUAUAUUUUAAUAAACUUCGAAAA